AACAUUUCUUUAUAAUCUGCGUAGACAAGAACUUCUGUGUGACAGAAAACACUGGUCUUCUUUGCAGGCUGUCUUGUUCUAUAGUUUUAUUUGAUAUUUUUAAUCCAUUUAAAAACCAGAUAAAUUAUACCAAAAUGUUUGACCCAAUUGAAGAAAAGAAAAUCUGUCCUUACGAUCGAUCACAUAACAUUCUUGCAAGUCGUAUGGCAGUUCAUAUCACCAAGUGUAAAAAAAAUUUCCCCAAUAUGCGAGUGGCUACUUGUGAUUUUAAUGUUACCCAUAAAAUACCAAUUCCAGAAUUACAGUAUCAUCAUGAAAUAUGUUGUGAUCGUAGAGUUGCUGAGGUUAUAAUCUGUGGAACUCAAGAUUAUAAUCCGAACAAAUUCCCAGUAAUUGAUAAUACUGUGGCACUUGGAGAUGACUGGUCCAAUGAAAUUGGCACCUCUACAUAUGACCCUACAAGUCAUCUUGAAAAAAACGAAAUAUUGCGGAGAAAAGACGUUGAACCACCUUCUGUACGUAAAAAUUUUAAGCAUGAAGAACGUCACCGAAUAAGCCAGAUAACUGGUAAUACAAGUGAACCCGUUCAAUCAUCUUCUCAGGAAAGAGUGCAACUACCAGAAACAAAAAAUGCGGUGAAAAUAACUGAAGAGACACCAGAGGAGGUAACCCAAAUUUUGCAAAGAAUUAAGGAUGGCAGCAAACAGGCUUUUAUUCCAAAAUAAACAAUCUAUUUCUUUAUUUGACAUAAGAAUAUAUAUUAUUCUGUUUAUAAAUUUGCAAGGACUUAGCCAGGAUUUUGAUCACAGGUGCACAUGUAAGAAGCAUUAUAUUUAAGUCCAUGAUGGUGUGUAUACAAAAAAAAAUAAAGCUGGGAGUGCAUGUGGGGGCAAACGUCCCCUGCACCCCCUGGCUACGCCCUUGUUAAUAUUUUUUUCUUGGAUUUGUAUGAAUUUUUAAUUGAAUUUAAUAAGUAAUAAAAUGUUAGUAAUAAAAUAUGUAUUUUUUUUCUUAAAAGGGAAAAGAAAGUUGAUUUUAUAAGUAAUAAAAG